CCCUCUACACUUCAAUGGAUGAGCAAGAGUAGUGUUGUUAUAUUAACACAGUAGAUAGAUAAUAGCAAAUAAUAUAGUUAUGAUCCCUGAGGGUUGUGGCGCCCAGAGGCACUUUUCCAUGUAUUGCUCCCAAUGCCGGGUUAAAUGCAGACGUCGUGCUUUAGGUUUUGCAGCUCUACAAUGUCUAUUGUAUAUUGCAUGUUGUAUAAUGUGUCUCAUGUGUGUGCACAUGUGUCUGUUAGUGGUGACAGACCCAUGAAUCUGUCAAAGAAGUUAUAAAGAAAUAUAUGAUUGACAAUUGUUAUCAAUGCUUUGCACAUGCAUUACAUAAACAUAUCGUACAUGUGUAUGUAGGCCACUCUGCGUGUGUGUACGUGUGCGUGCGUGUAUGUGUGUGUGUGUGUGUGUGUGUGUGUGUGUGUGUGUGUGUGUGUGUGUGCCCUUUACAGAGGCAGUUUGUAAUCAGCUGUCAAAGUGGGCUCCAGUUGGGAGCGGAGCUGCGUGUCGGGCAGCAAAAAAGCUCUCAGGUCCAGAUCUGCACACUCAUCCAUGCACAAACACCAACACCAGCAGCAAAAGUGGAGGACGGACAGGACAGACAUUUAACCGGCACUUCUACAGCAUAUUGAUUAGCUGUAUUUUUUCAGCUGUACUCAUGUUGGUGUGACUGUGUGUGUGUCAUUUUCUGUGUUUGGUUUGCCUGUUUUUAGACUCCAGUGAUUUUAUUGGGAACCAAUUGAAAAAAGAUGAUUGAGCUGGGCCUCGCUGACGGCAGUCUGAUUGACGAGCUGAUGGAGCUGACGGCACAGAGCCUCAGUCAGCUGGAGAUCCAGGAACGUUUCAACAUCAUCAAGGAGAUCGGCCGAGGGAAAUACGGCAAAGUGCUGCUGGUCACACAUCGCUUCAGGGGGACUCCCAUGGCAUUGAAAGUGAUGCCCAAAGCCUCGACUAAGCUCCAGGGCUUUCUGCGAGAGUACUGCAUCUCCUUACACCUGUCCUGUCACCCCUGCAUUGUGGGCCUCUUUGGCAUUGCCUUCCAGUCUAAUGAGCACUACUGCUUUGCCCAGGAGCUUGUCAUUGGGAGGGACCUGUUUGCUGUCAUCCAGCCAAAGGUGGGUAUCCCAGAAUCCUCAGUGAAGCGUUGUGUCCUCCAGAUAGCUAGUGCUUUGGAGUUCAUCCACAGCCAUGGUCUUGUUCACCGUGAUGUCAAGCCUGAAAACAUUCUCCUGUUGGACAAUCACUGCUGCCAGGUCAAGCUGGCAGACUUCGGACUCGCUCAGAAGAGAGGCACUCUGAUUCGCUUCAUCACAGGAACCCUUCCCUACAUGGCUCCAGAGCUUUGUACAGUGGCCCUGAUGGAGGGCCAAAAAGAAGUGACCGCUCCUCCGCUUAGUGUGGAGCCAAGUCUGGACACCUGGGCCUUCGGUGUGGUUAUCUUCUGCAUCCUUACGGGGUAUUUCCCCUGGGAGCGCUGCAUGGACUCGGACGAAUUCUACCAGGAGUUUGCAGACUGGUGCAGAAUGAAGGAGAGACCAAACACUGAGGAGGACAUUCCUCCUUUGUGGAAAAGGUUCACUCCAGAAGCCAUGGAAAUGUUUGGUAAGCUCCUGGCUCUGGAUGUAGGAAAGAGGUGUACAGUGGGGGAAGUAAGCACAUAUGUGGAGAAAGACUGGCUUAGAAAGGUACAUGGGAAUGAGCAGCAACAGACAGCAGAAAGAAACAGUGCCUCUGGGGAAAAUCCUGGGCAUCGCGAGGUCGAAACACUGCCUAAUACAUAGUCACAGACUGAAUUAAAAAAGAACUCUAUAGUGCCUAGAAAGCAUCUUAAAUAUCCAAGUAUAGGUGAAAACAGUAGGAUUACGUAUUCUUUGGCUCCGGGGGGAGCUGUCCGUAAAUUACAAAAAGAAAAUUACCCCAAUGAUGUUGGGGUUAUGUUGGAUUGGGUUUUAAACCUAACAUUUUCAAAAAGCUGCAUUACAAACAUGAUACAUAGAGUUUGAAAUAAUUGUGCACAUUUGCAUUGUGGGAAUGUUGGAUCCAGUGUU